UGCCAAUCUGAGCUCGUAUGGCUUUGCGUUGCGGGUUCUGUAUUUCAGUGUUUAGUUCAAAACAGUUGUAAUUACAGCUUAAAAGUUAAACUUUCAGUUUCGUCUAGUAUCAUUAGAAUGAAUGUAUUCUGUAUUUGACCGAUUACCGCUGUGAACAUCGGAACAAUCCGAUGAGAGUUAUGCGUUGAGCGGCGGUGCAACUCCACCUCAGCGCACAUUUUGCUGUGUUUGUGUGCAUGACGUCAAACUGUCAGCUGGUCAAUGUUUACAUCCAGAAUUUAGGUGACAUGUAUUGAGUGCUUCUGGGGCAAUACUUCGCACGACUGGUACUUUUAACAUCUUUUUACGAACUAGACAUUUGGAGAAACGUCGAUAAAACACUCCGUGUACGGUAGGCCUACAAGCAACAUUGUGAUUUCUUUGUCUGGUGCGGCUUGACCACAUUUGCCCUUCCUCGUUGUGCACUGCGUUCUUUGCACUCGACAAAUCAUCAAAGACAAAGGUGAUCGUAGCCUAUUUGCUCGUCUCAUAUUGCUAUGGCGGAUUGUAAUUUUGUCACGUUAGCAAGAAUAGGAAACUAUUGUCUUCAUUGUUACAAAGAACGCUUGCUAAAGCUAGUUUGGCAGUGCAAUAUACUGCAUAAAGCAGCGGCAGUUUUGUAAACACUGGACAUUUUUGGCCUUUACCACACAAAACGCUUUGUAACUCAGUGGCGCAGCUGUAUUUUAUGUGUGCGUUGAUUGGUGGGAAUAUGCCUCUGCAGUUACCAAGGAAUUGUCAUUGGGGGAACUUAUAAGCAGCUGCAGUGCCCCCGCUCGGUUACUCAUGCAUUAUUAGAACGCUGCAUAAAAGACGAGAGUCUACUGUCACCGAUAAAUGUUUCAUUUGGUCAGAAUUGCUUUAGCCAUGAAAACACCAUUACAUAUUAACUCCCUGAAUAUUGGCCAAUACAUUCAAAGUGGGUCUUCCUCUAUCAACUGGCUCUAUUUACUUGCUCUCCAUAGGUAGGCCUACUGGUAUGUGCUUGUCAAACUCAAUAUGGCCUCGCGUGGUUAAAUUAGCCUAGUAAUUUACUAGACAAUCUUUGUCUAAGAAAACCUUUAUACAAGGUGUGUCUGAUGUCUUGCACCCUACUACAAGCAGAAGCCGUGUGUAACUCAUCAGCAAACUUCCACCCCCAUUACUCCAUUUUAGGGUGUGUGUCAGGGCUUAGGAAUACACACAUUUUGAGAACCCACGGAGACUUUGCACUUUCUCCAUUCUGAUGUGACAGCCUGUAGAGUGCAGUGCAAAGAUGGGAGGGGCAGUGAGUGCGGGGGAAGACAAUGAUGAGUUGAUUGACAACCUGAAGGAGGCUCAGUACAUCCGUUCAGAGUUGGUAGAGAGUGCAUUCAGGGCCAUUGAUCGAGCUGACUACUACCUAGAGGAGUUCAGGGACAGCGCCUAUAAAGACCUAGCCUGGCGACAUGGCAACAUUCACCUAUCCGCCCCAUGUAUCUACUCUGAGGUGAUGGAGGCCUUAGAUUUACAGCCUGGAUUGUCCUUCCUUAAUCUGGGCAGUGGCACAGGCUAUCUCAGCACAAUGGUGGGCCUUAUACUGGGUCCAUUUGGAGUAAACCAUGGGGUUGAGCUGCAUACAGAUGUCAUUGAGUAUGCAUAUCAGAAACUGGAGUUCUUCAUUAAGACAAGUGACAGCUUUGACAGGUUUGAGUUCUGCGAGCCAUGCUUUGUGGCAGGGAAUUGUUUGGAGAUUGCCCCUGAGAGCCGCCAGUAUGACAGGGUGUACUGUGGAGCCGGUGUCCAGAAGGAACAUGAGGACUACAUGAAAAAUCUUUUGAAAAUAGGUGGAAUCCUUGUCCUACCCCUUGAGGAGAAGUUGACCAAGAUCACACGGACAAGCUACAAUAGCUGGGAGACCAAGAAGAUCAUAGCAGUGUCUUUUGCCCCGCUGGUGCUGCCCAAACAUAGAGACAACAGUAAACCAAGAGCAGUGCCUUUACCCACCAUGUUUGAGGUGAGGAAUCUGCAGGACUUGGCUCGUAUCUCCAUCCGUCAUAACCUGAAGCAGACAGUGGUGGGUGUAGGGGCAGGGCCUCUGCCCAGGAGAAGGUUAACACGUGGUGGUGGGGAGAGGCUCAGAAGGAGGCGGGCUCAACAGCGUGGUUCCACCUUACUCUCCAACCGCUACGUCUUCAUGAGCCGCCUGAUCCCUGAGCCCAUGGAUGACAACAACAACUUCUCUGACAGCGAAGAGGAAGAGGAGGGAGAGAACUGCAGGGCCAUAGCAGAGCCCAAGGAAGAGGAGGAGCUUGAUCAAGACGAAGAAGAGAGAAGGGAGGAUGGGGCUCUCUUGAUUGAAGCUACAGUUAACCAGCUGAGAGAGAGGAUCUUGGGCCUGCCUCUCCCUGAGCCGCUAAAGAUGUAUCUGUUGCACUACAGAGAAAAGUAAUGCAGGGCUCGAAGGCUGUGCAUUGCUGUUCCCUUACUCGUUCCCGUGCCCCGUCUGGAUUUGUUGUGGGAAAUGCAGAUCAAAUAGACUAGUACUACUGAGUGGCUAUGAGUGUAAACCAUUUACCAGAGACAGUUCUCUUUCAAUUUGGAAGAUGAAAAAAGUGGGUUAGAAAAUUGGAGAGCACCUUGAACUAUCCCCAGCCCGACACCCCUUCCUUCUCCCUGAACACUGGAGUCCUCAUAUCAUGGCACCAGCCACGUACGCUUUCCAUUCCCCUUGUCGUCUGACACAAGAGAAACUGGUCUCAUCUAGUUCCUAUUUCUUUUUGUGUUUAGAGACUUUGAAUUUCUCCUAAAUGUUCAAUUGUGAUACCAUUUCACGUUAAAAUGGACAUAGUAUGAAUAUGGUUGAAUUUGACCUGUUUGAAUCCUGGAAAGUGUGUAUAUUGUCUUCAUGUUUAUAAUGUCUUUUUCCUUCUGUCUGUCCUAAAUGCUUAUCAAAGCGAUUUUGCUGAAGGGGCCAAUUCUAUACGAAAAGCACGCUACCAAAUAACCUUAAACACAAGGUUGCAGUAAAACAAUUUUGGCAUUGCCUGAGUAUCAUUUUUUUUUGCAUUGCCUUGACCCAUAGACUGUAGUCGUGCUAUUCAUGAAAACGAGGUUGGCGACAAAAAAAAAAAGUAUUUUUCUCUUGAAUGCUAAAAAGUUCAAGAUUGUAUUAUUUAGUACUUUCUUGCACUCCAUAGGUUUACUGUAUGUGAAUAUUUGAUCAAUACAUAGAUCAAUGCCCUGCACUUUUGUCAAACUUGUAUCCCUUUUGAAACUGCCACCAUUACACCCCCAACACCCUGUACCCAAGUGCUUGUAGUUUAUCUAAUGCAGGACAGAAUUAUUUGACCAUGUUGCAAAUGUGAGCUUGUCAGUUUGUAAGUGAUGUCAGUUUUUGAGAGCUUAAGGGAACAACAAAAUUCAACUUUUCCAACUCUCAAAAGUCUGGGGAUGGGCAUUAGAUGUGCUAAUGUGCACUCUUAUUAUGCAUAUAUCAUGCUGUCUUGUGGGAAUUGCUUCCUCCUCCAGCAAAAGUAGUUGUGCUGAUGAGCUUGUGUUUUUUGCAAGUGUAAAUGUCUAUGUGAGGGACUUGUUAUUGUCCUAUUGAUGUUGUAUUUUCUAAUGUCUGAUUCAUCGGUGCCAAAAAUCUCUAGCACUGGAUGUGUUCAAAUCUUUCUUCACUUGGUGUUAAGUUGUUGAUUAGUCCUGCAAAUGUAUGACGAUCAGUAUUGUGACUAUAAGACUUUACUUUGGGGGAAAAAAUAAAAAUGCCUUGAUUGCU